AUGUGGUCAUCUCACGGCUUAACUCCAUAUCUUGGCUACACGAUUCAUUGGAUAGACAGUGACUGGAACUUGAAAACGAUAUAUCUUGGAACAAGACACGUGCCAGAAGACCAUACUGCAAGCAAUCUUGCUGAACGUAUGCACAAUGUCCUUUCUUAUUGGAAGUUAGACGAAGAAAAACAAGUUGCUAUAACAACAGACAACAGGGCAAACAUAAACAAGGCCUGUAGGGACAGCAAAUGGACUAACGUGCUAUGUUUCGGUCACAACCUUCAUUUAGCUAUCACAAACACUCUAGCCAACAAGACAAGAACCACUUGUGCAUUGAAAGUUUGCAAGAAAGUUGUGGCCGCUUUUGGCACCAGUUUGAAAAAACGAAGGGACUUAGCUGCAGCUCAACUUCAAGAAGAACCUGGACAAAAAGUGAAGCAAUUAGCUUCCAUAAGUACUGUAUUACCUAAAUUUCAAGGCUAA